UUAAAGAGACGAGAAAUAUUGUAUUUGAGUAAAUGUAUAGUCUCUGAUCAAUUUAAACAUAGAGAUAUUGCUGUUAAAAACGAAUGUUUUUUCUCAUGUAUCUCGUGACUUUUGACUUGCAGUUCUCGCUCUGUCCUACGAGUGGCGUCAUAAAGCACAGCAACAACACAAGUUAUGGAACGUUUUCCUUCUAAUUGUGCAAAUUAAUGCAUUAUUAUUUACCAGUAGAGGCAAAAGCCUGAAGGCCGCAUUCAUAACCACAUACCGUGCAGCCCUAUUUUAGUCUGUCCUCUGUUUUCUAAUGAGAAACGUGUGCCAAAUGAGUUCCUGGGCAUUUAUGAGCUCAGCACAAACAGAGUGGCUUCACAAACCUCCAUUGACUUCACUGUCUGCUAGUACUGUGUAUGAAGGCUGAAUGCGAAAGAAAGGAGUUCUCCACCACAUGUUCAGCUUGUUGGUUUUAGGACUUUGCUGCUUAGAGGUGAGAUGUCAAGCAACUUUAUCAUCAAACUCACUCAGAUCAUCUAUACUAAUUUCAUCUAAAAUUCAUCUAUACACACAAUCUAAGAUUCAUUCUAUCAAGUACCUUUACAUGAUUUGUUUGCAACAAACAACUCUUGGUAUUUUGAAUUUAAACUCAUAUAUUUUUUGAUAUGGUUGUGUGAUGACCAUGGCAUCCCUCACUGAAGAAAACAGAAAGAGUGUCAGCUGACCUCAGCUCACCUGUCAUCCAGAGAAAAUGGCAGUUUAUGCCAGUUUAUGCCAGAGACCAGAAGACCCGACCGAACAUCAAGCUUCAGCAGUAAAGAAUUUUCAGAGUCGGAUCCCUUAUUUCACAAUGAGUUUUACGGGACAGCAUUGGCUUCUGGCACCAUAUCGGAGAUUCAUGGCCAGGAGAUGCCGAGCGAGUCAGUCCGGGCCUUGGUGAUACAGAUUUUGUUUCCAUUCCUCCUAGCUGGUUUUGGGACGGUUCUGGCAGGGAUGUUGCUGGAUGUAGUGCAGCACUGGGACGUUUUCCGUAAUGUGACUGAGAUCUUCAUCCUUGUCCCACCUCUACUGGGCCUAAAGGGGAACCUGGAGAUGACAUUGGCAUCAAGACUUUCCACUGCUGUGAAUGUUGGCAGAUUUAACUCUUCAAGCGAGAAAUGGAACCUGAUCAUUGGAAAUCUCGCCCUCAAACAGGUACAAGCUACAGUUUUGGGCUUCCUGGCUGCUCUGGUAGCUUCGGCUCUUGGUUGGAUCCUGGAGGAAGAGCUCAUCGUGAACCAUGUAGCUCUGCUUUGCUGUUGCAGCAUUGUGACAGCAUUCACAGCAUCUCUGCUGCAGGGCAUCGUAAUGGUUGGUGUGAUUGUUGGAUCCAAGAAGGUGGGCGUGAACCCUGACAACAUAGCCACGCCCAUCGCUGCCAGUUUAGGUGACAUCAUCACACUUGGACUCCUGGCCGUCAUUAGUCAAGGCUUCUUUUACUGCAUGGAGCCAUACCCUUAUAUUACCUACCUGGUGUGUGUUGUUUUCCUAUGCCUGACGCCGAUGUGGGUAAUUCUUUCAUUUCGGCAUUCUGACAGCCAAAAACUGCUGUUUUCCAGCUGGGAGCCAGUAAUAACUGCAAUGAUGAUCAGCAGUCUUGGAGGACUGAUUCUGGACCGUACCAUCACUGAUCCAAAGCUUGAAGGAGUUGUUCUCUACAGUCCUGUUAUAAACGGUGUUGGUGGUAAUCUGGUUUCCAUCCAGGCUAGUCGUGUAGCCACGUAUCUUCAUUUUCACUGUCCGCUGGGCGAGCUUCCAGAUGACGCUAAAGGAUGUUACUCCCCUUGCCACAACUUUUGCACCACAGGACCGAAUGGGAGAUCAGCACAGGUGCUGCUCACGCUGGCCAUCCCAGGUCACCUGGUCUUCAUCUACACCAUUUACCUGAUACAAGGCAGCCCGGAUCCACCCACUGCAGUCUUCAUUUUCUUCUAUUUGGCAGCUGCUUUCACACAGGUGUUCCUUCUGCUGGGCAUUGUUGAUGUGAUGGUUCAUUGCUUGUGGAAGUGGGGCAGGGAUCCUGAUAGCUUCUCCAUCCCGUAUCUAACAGCUCUGGCGGAUCUUUUGGGCACUGGCUUUCUGACACUGUGUUUUCUUCUUAUGUCACUGUUGAAUGUUACUUGAAAUAUCAGCCUCUCCAUACAUGCCAGUCAGAUCCCUGUGUGCAGUUCAUUGAGUCACAUAAGCUGCCUCAUGUGACAAUAGCACUUCUCCAAGCCACACAACUGUCUUCAUUGAAUAAAGAGCUGCUGUCGUCUGUUUCCAAAUGUUGUUAUGUUAAAUGUAUCUCUGAUUUGUACUCAUCUUCCUGGAUAAGUAUUCUUUCUUUUGUACUCUAUAGUACAACAUUUCUCAUCUGGUUUUAAUAAAAAUAUGUUAAUUAUAUGUUUUUAUGGUUCAGAAAUGUGCAUUCAGUGACAGGAUAUCAUAUGGUCUUAAUGUCCAAAUAUUUGCAUUGGGCAGCCUUAUACAAUUUAACAAUGCAUGUGGAUUUUAUUUUUGUGUUGAUUAAUUAUUAAUCUUCAGGAUGUAUUAAUAAGGAGAAUAAACACAAUAAUGCCUCAGUAUUGAUAGCUUAAUAUUUU